AUCUAAUUCUGUCAGAGCUGGCAGAGGGGGGGUCCGGCUGCUCUAUCUACAACCCCAGCCUCAACCAAGCAAAGGGCAAAGACACCUCAAACUGGUCUCUGUCCGUCUCCUCAGCCUCAUCCACCGCUGUGGAAGUCAGCUCUCUGGACCACUUUGCAAACAUUUGGAUCAAUGAAACAUUUUUGACGUCUUGAGGGAGACAGAAAACGCAGAUUUAAGAAAUCAGAGGGGGAAAAAAGGUGCAAAGUUUCCAGUGUUGACUCUGGUUUUCCACAUGCUCUGCAUAUGACGUGGCUAAAUUGGAAUUAUCACUGGGAUUGAAUCUCGCAGAGGAGUUACGGAUUUACUAUAAAUAUUCUUUUAUGGCAACUUAAUCUGCACUGAGGAUCUAACUUUUAUUCUGAAACUAUGACCGAAGCAGUUGAAGGUAAAGUAUCCAUCACAACAAGUGUUUUUCCGGUCAAUUUAAAGUCCUAAUUUUAUUGUGUACAUGCCACUCUUGGGCUUGUUUUGUUUUGCACACAGUCCCUCUGAUUCUGUCUGGACUGGAAGUUUCUAAAAAUAUGCUGCUAUCAUGUCGCGGCUAUUUGUAAUGUAGCUUCAGGACCCAUGUGACAUCUACAGUGCCGUAUAGGAUCAAUCAGCAUCAACACUGUGGCUCGUAUUACAUUUAACCAGAGCAGCUGAUACCGUAACAUGGUUUUAAUUGUUUUAUUGGAGUGUGGCUGACGGAAUAAGGUGACCGAGGGGUCCUGGAGUACAAUGUUGAUGAUGAUAGGAAAGAUCUGCCCACCUUUGACCUCCCAGGAGCCAAUCAAUCAAUAACCAGAGAGCUCAUAGAAACUCAUGUGAUGUACCAUGACUUUUAUAAGUGGAUGUAGCUGGAGUUACCAUAUGACAAUGCUGAUGCAAGUUAAAAACAUGGAAACAGCAGCUUGAAUCAAACCUGCAGUAAGGUCUCUACAGCACUUGCUUGAGCUCUGUGCACUUACUAAGUCAAUGUUAUGACUGCUCUCCUCUGUAUUCUGACCGGAUAGGCAACAGCUGGCCCUUAAUGACUCCUCUGAGGUGAGCUGCCAUGGAUACCCAGUAGAGGGUAACAACAGAAACGUCAUCUUCAGUCUGCAGACAGGUCAGCCAUAAAAGGAGGAAUCAUGCAGGGAUGGUUGGUCAAACCAUUUAGAGUCGGGUUUGAAGUUCGGCGGUCAGCUGAGGAUUCACAGAGAGGGAGAGGACUCCAGGUGUUGUUGUUUCAGAGACAAAGCUCACUUUGUAGGCCAUGGUGAAAGUGGAAGCUGUAGCUUGGUCAGUGUCAGUGGAAAAACCACAUUGUUUCAAGGUUUAAAGGUUCAUUAUCAGAGUGAUGCCUGAUGCUGAAGCCAAGGACACUAAACCACAGUGAAGAAUUUAAAAAGAGACCCGAGGAAUGAUUUAACUAGACAUUAGAGGUGGACGAAAAGUUUGAAGUUGCCCAACACAUGUGUUGCUGUAGAUCAAAGUCUUGUAGUAUUUGUUGUAACAGCCAGGUUGGUGGUAGUCUCAUGACAAAGUGCUUUAUAAAUAAUAAAAAAAGAGUGUGUAACUCGCUUCAACUUGAGUAUAACUCACUUCUUAAAUCUUGGCCUUCAUGCCAAGAGAACCAAGGUCUCAGCAUGUGAUGAAGCACAUAGCAACAGUAAUAUCACAGAGAAUACGAUCCAGAGGAAAGACCCAAACCUGUCCCACUACGAAUGCUGUUUAUACAGGUGUUUGUCACCUGGAUCAUUGGCUGCCAUAACAGUUUCAGCUUCAGUUUCAGCUGACCCUCCAGUGAUGGAGGCGGCCAUCUUGGUUGUUUACAAAUCCGUUGAAGUGGUGCUCUUUUGUCAUCAUCGUAAACAACGGACUGUGAUUGGUCUAGAUAGAUCUAGCAACUCCAGGUCAAACCAUGUUGAAGCUUGAGUAGCGCUCAAUCACAGUUUUGCAAAAGAUGGAACUGACCCCUUAGGACCCCGAUGGACAAAGGGACCCUAGACAGUCCUUCAAAAAACAAAAACUAUGUACAGGAUCUCUCUCUCUGAGACACUGUUGUCAUGGUCACAACAGUCCAUGGUAGGUUUGAGAUGCAUUCAGUUGUUCUGCUGCUGCUGUCUGGACUGCAGCACUGAGGAGAACUUAUUUCUAUUUCAAGAUGGAGAUGUAUAUUUAAGUGUGUAAGAAUUAGUUACAUCUUAAAUCUUACACCUAUUGAGUAGGUGUUUGGCUCUAUGUUAAAACAAACUGUCACGGCACGUCACUUUGAAAGAUGGGAUAAUUUGGUGUAUGAGUAGAAGAAGGAUGAUUACUGUCUGUUUGGUGUUUGUAAACUGCUCUCCAUGGUGGACUAUAUUCAUUAAAGAUUUACAGUCACUUUCAUCUGUACUCAGACUUUAGUUUCACACCAGCAGAGAUGAUAGACUCCUGCUUGUCAUGUAAAUAAACAGACGGUGCUUUAAACACCUAAUGUCACUACAGAUGAAUAAUGCCUGAGAUAGAAAUUAACAUUCCUGCCACAGAGUUAACAAGCAGAGAGGGGAAAUGGACUCCUUUCCAUUUGGUAAAACAUGUGUAACUGGUUUGUCCAGCAUUGCUUUUGCUUUUGAAAUUCAAACACCUUCGUUAUUGAGUUUUUGACCAAUCAGAAUCAAGCAUUCAGUACAGCUGGAUAAUAACCUUGGUGGAGGCCACAGUAUGUUUGCAAAACCUCCAGGAGUUUGAGCUUGACAGAGGUAAGCCUGUUGUUAUUAUUGGGAACUGUUAAUGUUUGUCAUUAGUUUGAGUUUGUCAGUGUCACACUGGUUCAUUAUAGCUCUGCAGUUUUCCAGACAUAAAGCUGAUUCAGAUCUUCGGAUGAUGCAGCAUCUCUCCAGGAUCAACUAAAUCAGUAUGACUUAACUGAUGCUUAAACUCUCAUUAAUUCAGUAAAACUUCCAGGAAAACUUUUUUACGUAAUUUUGAGAAAAGUAUCCUGCUAAAUCAGAAAAAAAAGAAAAGAAAUUCAAAGUUUUUACUCAGGCCUGCAUUAAAAUACGCUGAAUUUAAAGUCAUGAGCUAAAGUUAUUUGGACUUAUUCUGGCAGAACGCAGCAAACCUGUGUACUGACUCUAGUCGCUCCCGAGACUCUGGAGUGUUGCUCCGAGUCGCUCUUAUUUUGAACUGACCUGGAAUCAGGACGAUGACGUUAGACUGAGGUGUAUGUCUGCUAUGUGUGUGUGUGUGUUCAGAGUCCCGCUAAGCUGUUUGAGUCAGCAGUAACAGAGUAACCUACAGUAGCUGCCAACAGUGAUCUGAAGAGAGUCAACAGGUGCUAUGAGUUUUCCCAACACACCCACUGUGGAAAAUCCACUGCAGCUGAUUUUACAUGACAACAUCAGUCCAUAUGUUUUUGUAUCUGUGGCUGAGUGUGAGGGACUUUGAAUUGUGUCAGUGUGAUACUAAUAAAGCUGCACUGACAUGAUCUCCUGUCCUCAUUAAAAAUCAGUGAGAGAUGAAGUGAUGUUCUAUAAAAAUUGAAUUUACAACUAGAGAAUGAAUCAAAACACAAAAAUACAGCUUGCACUCAUAUUUAGAGAAAUAACUAUUCUCUAAUCAGACUAACUCUAGCAUGGACGAUGUAAUUGACCAAAGUACUGAUGUCAUUAGAGCUCUGUAGCCUCUCCAGGGUAAUCUAGUCCAGGUCUGACAAGGGUUGGGCGAUAAAACGAUAACGAUAUAUAUCGGAAAUUAAUUUCCUACAAUAUCAAUAUAAAACGUGGUCAAUAUCCUUUUCAAUAGUCGACAUUCUGCCAUGCUUUGGUAAUAGCCAGUGAAAAGGGGAGUUGCUCUGGGUCCGUUUCUCGCAGAACCAAUCAUGUGCUGAAUUAGAACCAAGUAGCAAACAACUGUGUAGUAGCAGGCUGCAGCUACACGCAACCAUAGCGCUUUAACACGUGAAGCUGACAGCACUGUCGGUGAGAAGAAAAGAAAAUGAGUGCUACUGCUGGCAGAAAUGCAAAUGAAGGCUCAACAGAUGACGACAUCGUCGACCUCACUGCGAAUUAUUUUGAGUACAUGUUCCCGCAAAGUCGGUGAAUACCUCAAAUCUCUUUCACCACCUGAAGCAGUGCCACGUGGCAGAGCGCGCACAAUGCAAAAGGUUACAAACCCUGAGUGGAGCAUAGAGCCCAUGGCACCUGUGCACCUGAAACAGCUGACCAUUCAGCCCGCUUUCCCUAGCGCAACGCCUUACGACAAAAUGUCAAAGAGACACAAAGCCCUUACAGAUGUUGUAGCUUAUUGUAUUGUAAAAGACAUGCUACCAAUAAGUAUAUUGUGAUAUAAAUCAAUAUCGACUGAUAUAAAAAAAAAAUAUUGUGAUAAACUUUUCCCAUAUCUCCCAGCCCUAGAUCUGACUGAUAUAUAGGUAUAGUGGUUUUGGAUCAGGACCUGUACUGAUGUUGUCUUGAAGUGGGAAAAAAGCAGUUUAAACUCCCUGUGUUGCUUUUAUACUCAUAAAAUCUAACAUUUCACUGAUUUCAAAGUGGAUUUUAGACUUUUCAAGGCUUUCCCUCAUAUGACAAACCUCCAAAAGAGCAAGACAGACAAUCAGACGCUCUUCACAGAAACUUAAGUUUCACCUAACUUCCUCCUCUGCAGCCAGAGCUGACACUAACUCAAGCUUUGCCACAGGUUGUAUUUGAGCAUUCACCAUUCACCAUCAGUCUGAUGUUUGAGUGAUCAUAAAAAAUGAUCAGUGCAGUUUGACCAACUACUAUUUCCGCCCCUCAGCUCGGUCCACCACCACCACAAUGGUUAUCGAAGGUAAAAACGGAGACGCUGGUUCGCCGCCUGGGAAACACAAGAAAACUUUUACAGAAGAUCUUCACUCGACCUUCAGCUCCCCCCUGGCCUGGAUCUUGGUCCUGGCUCUCAUCAUUACGUGGUCUUGUGUUUUUGUCAUCCUGUUUGACCUCACGGACUACAAGACCAUCUCGGGUAAGUCAAGUUGUUUGCUGCUCAUUCGCAUAUCUUCCAAUUUUCAGCAAGAGGCCAAAGUUCUGACACUGAUCGAGACCUUUAAAAAGAAGUUUUUCGCCGUUUCCAACUGUAGAUUUGAAUUUCUAACAAAAUCGUUUCAUUUAGGACAACAGAGAUUUUAAUACAGGUCGGCUUAUUACAGGCCAGGACGACUGUUACUACAGACUCUGUUCUGGGUUAAUUGGGGUUGGCUUUGGUUGAUCAUGUAGACCAGAUUGGCCCAGUUUUAAAGUCUUCUAUCUAAAAGAGCAGUUUUCUUCUCUCCGACUGUGUACAGGUACGUCCUUCAGACUGCAUCCAGUCCUGACAACCUCUACUAGUAAAUCAGGAUGGCUUGUAUGUAACCCGAGAGGUGAAACCCAUUGCAGGAAAAGUCUGCAGAGCGUGGCAACACAACCUGCUGCUGCUCCUUCAGCUUUGAUGUGUGCAGUUUUGAAAGCAGAGGUAGCCAGCCUUAAAGAGACCAGAUUAAGGAAUCUAGAUUUAAAGGCACUUAAAAUACUGUAGUGUUUUUUUCACUACUCUAGCUUUAGUUUGCAGAUGAUUGCACAUGCAGAGUGCAAACAGGGAGGAUGGGGGAGCAUCCCUGUAAUGAUAGGAUGGACUUAUUCCAUCCACAAAUAGAUGUUUUUGUUACUUGAUGUAUUAAAAUACAGUCAAAUAGACUUUCACGUAUUGAGUCUAGUGUCAGUUGUCCAUCAUCGAGACCUGUUGCACCACCUCUUUAGCCACGUUUACAUGGGUAAAAUUUCUUGAUCUGAUUAAAAAUUUGAGGGAACGGAUAAUCUGAAUCUACUGUUUAUAUGGGUGAAAAAUCAAGUCAUCCGAUCAUGACGUGAGUAUACAUGCACCAAGCUUCAUUCGGAUUAGAAGCAUUUGAACAUGCACAGAGAUGUCUAAUUUAGCUGAUUUGUGAUGGCCUCAAUAAAUAAACCAAAGAUGAAUGAGUGAAGAUCGGGUAAGGUAAGAGAGUCAUGAUUGGUAUAAGUGUUUACAUGGUCAUGUUUCGGAAAAUGAUUGGCAUAGACCACCCUUCUCGAUCGAAAUACAAUUUCUUUUCGAUUGAGCCGAAUUGGAUCAGAAUCUUCCGAUUGACAUGUUUACAUGAUGCAUUUUUAUUCCCAUUGGGCAUUUAUUCUGAUUAUUUGUGCCCAUGUAAAAGCAGCUUUUGUAAACUGGGUCUUAAUUCAGGAUGCAAAGCCUGCAACAGCUGUACACAGUUACUAGACUGUGACUCAAAACUCAAGGUCUUCAGACUAGUACUGUCAUGAUAUCCCAUUUUCCCAUCAUGAUUAUUGUUUUACAUUGCAUAUAGAUAUAAUGAGACAAAGUUUAGGCCAGGGACUGUCUUCUCUAUGGGCUGAAACAUCUCUUCUCUGCAUUUUAACCUUGUUUCUGUAUGUACAUUAUUCUAACUGUUGUAUCUCUCUUUUCCUUCAUUCAUCAUGAUUUCUCAACUUGAUGUUUUUCUCCAUCUCACUGACCUGACGUGAUGUAAACAUGUACUAAUUGUUCUUUCUUCAUAACAGUGGUUCAACUGCAUUGCGAGUGUUUGUUCAAUCUUUUCUCACAACAUUAAAUCCAAAAUCCCGGUCAUCCACGUCAUCUAACUCUAACAUAAAUAUCCUUGAACUAUUAAAUGACAUGCAGACUUCACUUUGAAUUAAUCCAAACUCACAGCAGGAACUCCAGCUUUGUCGAACACGUACUAAAACACAGAAAUGCACUCUUUUCACCCUAAAACAGCCUCACUUUUGACAUUUACAUUUCAAAACAGAACAUCAUCCUCUCUAGUGUCCUCACUGACAGACAGUAUCAGACAUCACAUGGAUCAGUGUCUGCUUCACCCUCACCCUCACCCUCAUCACAGUGUGAACACCAAUUACUCCGCACCAAACCUCUCUCCUCACUGUGUUUCUCAUCCAACCAGGUCCUGCUGUCAGGAAGGUUUUAAAGGACUCAGGCCGUAGAGGCAAGACUCUUUACUUGCUACUAACCCCUCAGAGCAGACGCUAUCGCUAACAUUGCUGAUAAACACCACUAACCGCCUAACAUUGAGCACUACAAACAGCUUUCAAUGUUAGCGACGUCUUUAGAUCAGCCUGCAGAUCUGCACAUGCUGCUGUUUGUGAAAGUGCUUUUAUGCUUGUUGUUAGUUUUAGUUUUAGUUUGUCUAAGUUAGAUGAACCAUAUUUAUGACGUUAGUUUGUAGCUGAGUUUGUGUAGAGGUUUUUCUGAGCAGUCUUUAGCGUGUUUAUUCUCAACUUCUAGCAGAAAAAUGAUAUAUGUUUUCAAGCCUUUCCCUCUGAUAAUUGUCUUUUUAAGCUUCCCUCAGCUGAGUUCGAUUUACAGAAAUUUACAAUAAACCGCUCUCAUGGAAAGGUUAAGCCUUUUUUUUUUUUGCUGAAAUCUCUGUUGUUCGCCUGUUUGCGCUUCUUGUACAUGUGGUUCAAUCAGGUUUGGAUAUGCGCUCCAGCUUCUUCCUGGACAACCCUGUCGAGGCUGAAUAUGAAUUUUCCUCUCCUUCCCCCUCUCUUCUGGAUUUAAUCGUCAUUGCUUUGUUUUAAAAAAUGAAUGUUGUUUCAAAGUUUGCUGGUCCUCCUUCAUCAAACUAUCUCGAGAACGUUUUGUGGCAUCUCAGCAGGUCUGAGCCACUUUGUCUCUUGCUCGAUGUCCCCACACUAGAAUAGCCUUGCACCACUUCUUUAUUUUGAAAUCUUCUUCUUUUUCUUGUAUUAUCAGAAUCAGAAGAAUCAGAAUGCCUUUUAUUGUCAUUAUACGCAGUACAAUGAGAUUAAAGCCACCCAUAUCAGUGCAAAACAUUGGAAAAAAGAUAGAUAAAAAAUAUAGAAAAUAUGAAACGAGAUUAAUAUGAAGUAUAUACAAUGUAAACAUAUGGAACUGAGAUUCUUUUUACAGGAUAAGUAUGGUACGGAUAUGCAUAAAUGUAAUAUGUAACAGUAUAAAAUAUAAAGUGCACAGUCCUGAGAUCCUAUUAACAGAAUAAAUAUGGUAAAUAUACAGAAAUAGAAUAAAUGUAAUGUGCAGAUGAAUGUAUAUUGUCCAUCAGUGAUUCUGAAUAUUGCACAUGUUUAGGUAUAUAGGAAUAGAAAUAUGACACCAGAGUAAUAUGAAGUAUAUACGAUGUAAACAUAUGGACCUGAGAUUCUUUUAACAGAAUAAAUAUGGUACGGAUAUGCAUAAAUGUAGUAAGUAACAGUAUAAAAUAUAAAGUGCACAGUCCUGAGAUUCCUGUUAACAGAAUAAAUACGGUAAAUAUACAAUUAUGUUCACACCCUGCUUGUAUGCUAUUGACCUUACAGACUCAAUCACACCUUAUAUACAAGGUUUUUUACUUUUUGAUCAGUUAACUUGCUUCUAGUGUCUUUUCAUCAUGGCCUACAGACUGGGUUAUUUCAGUCUAUGCAACCUAGAAAGUCUGGCUGCAUCAUACAGUGGACUCUACAAAGGAUGCUAAUCUUAAAUUAUGACACAUGGGGGUUCACUUAAUUGGCACACAAGAGCAGGUGAUCCUCCAAUCAGAGGCAUUAUCAACCCAUUAAGAAAAUUACUGCCAUUCCAGACAGUUCGCUAAACAUGGCCAAUCACAUGUACAACCAACAGAUGUUUCGACACCUGACAAGAACUCUUUAUAUACAGUCAACUAGCUUGAGGAAGGAGGAUCGCCGGGCUGUCUCAAGUGCUUUCUCCGCCAAAACUUGUCGGCCUUUUGUUCCGGUUAAACUUGAUGGUGGGUCAUGCUUCUAAAAGAACCACAAUCUCCUCCUGAAAUCCAGAUUUCUGCUCUUUGACUUCAGCACAGCCCACCUCAGUUUAACCCUUCGCUCAGGCUCAGGAGUUAAUGUUCUGCUUUUGGGCAUUUCCUCAGUGCAGAAGAAUGGACGGCUUAUCUGUCCUGAGGAAAUGUACGAGUAAGAGAGACAGAAACUCUUACUGAAGGUUGGAUUUGUUUGCAAGAAGAAAACAAGUGUUAAAAUGUUGUUGUAAAAUUUUGUUCCUGCUCCACCAGGAGGCCUCAGCAAGAUUGGCUCGGACCCUGUGAAGGCUGUGAACGAGGUUGUGGACGGUUCGGCGAGCGUGAUCGGUGCAGUGUUUAAAUUUGCUGCCAACCUGAUCGCACCAGAAGAAGAUGAAGGUACAGUCAUCGUUCACAUAUCAGGAAAUCACACCGUUGAUAUAAAUAUCAGUCUGUUAAAGCUGUAGGUUUCUCAUUUUUGAGUUAUACCGAGCAGAAAAGCAGAGGUCUGCUCAUGGAACCAUGAUGGGAUAGUGGUGGUGUGGACUGCUCCAAUAACUACAGCUGGAUGUCUAAUGACAUUUUGGCUGUUCAAUGAGUACUUUUGAACUUAUCACAGCUUAUAAAGCCUUUAGUUUUUUUCUAGUCAUCAACUUGAUCAACUAGCAGUAUCUUUUUGCCCUUUAGAUGCACUUGAAAAAGUUACGUCUCUUAUUUUAACUUUGUGCAUCAACUAAUAUCUGUCUCCUCUUCUUUAGGAAAUCUGUACGCAGUGAGAAAAAAAGGUUAGUACUGAUGCAUUUUGUCUAACUUUUUCUGCUGCAGCAAUCAUUCAGCUGCAGAUAUAAAAGAUAAAAAAGCAUUGCUUGUGGUUGUAAAUGUCUUGUUCAUGCUGCACUGCUUUUUAACUUUUAGAAUUUAUGUGUAGGUCAUGUGUGAAGUAGUAAGCAAAAAACAACUGUUGUAAAAACUCUGAUGCUCUUUCCAGGUUGGUAUAGAUCAUACGAAAGAGGAUCAGGGCCACAAGAAGAGAAAAAAAUAACUGCAGGAGGGAGAUUUUUUCAGUUCCAUUUGAGAUUAAAGUCGAAAUUUCAAGAUUGAAGUCGAAAUGAAAUGCCAUAUGGCUUAAGUUUGUUGUAGCCAUCCAUGUGUCAGUACGUAUUGGGUCCCCAGCUUCGGUAAUCCUUGUGCCUCAUCCGAUUUCAGGAUCAAUCAACUUGAUCAGUUGUCUUAUUGUAUCAUGCGAUAUGACAAAGCCUCGCUGUAUAGCACGCAGGUGUAACCACCAAAAACCCUUCAUCUGCAUCAUAAUCUCCGGCACAGUCUUUUCAGAGUCUGAAUACUUAUGAACACACCGUGUUUGUGUGCUUAAAAAGCGAAGAUUUCCUUGUUACUAAAUCCAAUUGCAAAGUACAGCAUUACAAACUGUUGUACAGAGGACAUGUUGUCGAGUGACGAGUGACAAUGCUGUUGAUUCAUUAUCAUUAAUCUCAACAUUACAACUUUAUUCAUGAAAUUUUGUCUUUAUUUGUGUCAACUUUAAUCUUAUUUCAAUUUAAUUCAUGAAAUUUCACCUUUUUUCAUGUCAACUUUAAUCUCAAAAAUUCAACAUUAAUCUUGAAAUGUAUAAUUUUUUAUCUCAAAAUUUCAAUUUAAUUGACAUAAUUUAGGUUUUAUAAUCUCGAAAUUUCAACUUUAAUCUCGAAAGUCUUGUUCCUGUAAUUAUUUUUUUUCUCUUCAUGUGGUCCUAAUCCUCUUUGGUAAGAUCACCCAUCCUAACUUUUGACUAAGGCAAAUAGGUGGGCACUGCGAUCAUUUCUUUGCAGGUGCAUGGUCUAAUUUACCAACAGUGACAGGGGCUGCAUAACAGUUGAGGUUUCCUUGUUUAUUGAGAGACUGAUAGGAAUAAAAAUAGAGAGAAACAGCAACUUCUGAGGGAAGUUUUAAAAGAAAAACAGAAGAGCAUCUUCUGCACGCUCUGUUGUAAAUAUACCUUACACCACAAUUGCAUAAGAAGGGGAAACAUCUUACAAAAGCCCUUGUUUACCGAACUUCAUCUGACUGAUCCACACCUGUAUAUGCAAGUUGCAAACGGGAGGACAUAAUGUUAUUAUGAUCAUGGUUUUAGUUUUCAAUCUGACUUGACUUGUGAACCAUCUCAAAGAUUCACGUUGGGUGGAAGAAGAGCGGGAAAAAGAGGAAGUGGAGGUGAAGGUGAAGAUUAAGAAAAAAGGUAUAUUUUAAGAUUAUUCUGUGAGAGUGGAGAUUAACUCUAGAUGGAUUUGAUCAAUCCUGACCCUCACAGUUUUAACAGAAGGUAUACUCGCUUUAAAAAAAACAACCCAAAAAACUAUCUCCUCUCCCAAUAACUGUUUUCUCAGAAGUUUGUUUUUUCUUUUUUACUAACUCUACACUAACUAUACUACACGAAGCUGUUUCAUUCUUACAAAAACUAAUUGCCAUCCAAACUGACACAUGCAGUUUUUUAUGAACAUAUCACUCAUUUUUGUUUCUCCUUCUGUGUUUCAGGUGAAUUUCUACCAUCCCGAAGUAAAGGUAAGCAACCUUAUGGUAGAGAUGUUCAAAUCCUCUUCAGAGCCUAGAUAUAAGCAUCAUCUUGCAUAUGUGGAGGUGUGCUCUCAGAACAGGGCCUAAUCACUUAUUUUAUGAAACAAUUCUCCUUUAAACUGUUGAAUUAUCUCGUCAUUUUUGGUUUUUAAAUAACAUGAUUUUAUUAAUUUUUUUAAGUUAUAGGGAUGCAAGCGCAGACAAAAGUACCAGCAGUUGAAGUAGUGGAGGAGGAGGAAGAGGAGGCAGGCGAGGAGGAGGUAGAAGAAGGAGACCAAGUGGGUGAUGCUGGGGAGGAAGAAGAGGAGGAGAAAGAGAUAGAGGAAGAAGAGGAGGAGGAGGAGGAAGAGGAAGAAGAAGAUGAGGAGGAAGAUGAAGAUAUGGAGGAUUUCUAUGAAGAUGAGGAGUUUGAUGAAGAGUAUGAGCAGUACUAUGAGGAGGAAACAUAUGGAGAGGAAGAUGAGGAGGAGUAUGAGGAGGAGUAUGAAGAGGAGGAAGAUGAGGAGGAAGAAGAAGUGGAAGAGGAGGAGGAAGAAGAGGAGGAAGAGGGAGUGGAAGAGGAGGAGGAAGAAGAGGAGGAGGAAGAAGAAGGAGCUGAAGCUGUAGAGGAGGAAGAGGGAGUGGAAGAGGAGGAGGAAGAAGAGGAAGAGGAAGAAGGAGCUGAAGCUGUAGAGGAGGAAGAAGAAGAAGAGGAGGAGGAGGAGGAGGAGGAGGGAGAAGCAGGAGAGGAGGAGGAGGGAGAGGAGGAGGAAGAGACAGAGGAGGGAGCUGAAGCUGUGGAUGAGGAGGAGGCUGGGGAGGCAGAAGGAGCUGAAGCUGUAGAGGGGGAAGAGAAGGAGGAGGAAGACGAAGAGGAGGAGGGAGAAGCUGAAGAGGAGGAAGAGGAGGCUGGAGAGGAGGAGGAGGAAGAAGAGGGAGCUGAAGCUGUGGAUGAGGAGGAGGAAGAAAAGGGAGAAGAAGAAGAGACAGCAGAAACUGCCGAGGAAGUGGCAGAAGCUGUUGAAGAGGAAAAGGAGGAAGAGGAGGAUGAAGAGGAGGGGGAGGAAGCAGCAGAAGCUGUUAAAGAGGAGGAGGAGGAGGAGGGCCCUGAAGUUGGAGUUGGAGCAACUGCUGAUGAAGAUGAAGGUGAGGCCAAAGCAGAGGAGGAAGAAGUAGCAGAAGCUGUGAAGGAGGAGGAGGGAGAAGAAGCUGAAGCAGCUGAGGAGGAGGAGGAAGAGGAAGGAGCAGCAGAUGUUCAAAAGGAGGAAGAAGGGCCAGAAGAGGAGGGAGAAGUUGGAGCAGCUGCUGAUGAAGAGGAGGAAGAAGUGAAGGCAGAGGUGGAGGAAGAGGAGGCAGUGGCUGCUAAGGUGGAGCAAGAUGAAGAUGAAGAAGAUGAGAUAGAACCUGCUGUUGAGGUUGAGACUGAUGAAGAUGAAAUCAAAGAGGAAGCAGCAGCAGUUGCAGAAACAACUGAUGAAGAUGAUGAUAAGGAGGAAGAAGAGAAGGUAGAUGCUGCUGAUGAAGAGGAUGAAGAUGAAGUUUCUCCUGAACCUAUCUCUACCUCUGAGGAUGAAGAGUCGGCCGUGACACCUGACUCUGACUCUGACAUUCCUGUGGACGUCAAGGACAGUGAUGAAGACGUGACUCCUCCUGAGGAAGAUGAGGAUAAAGACGAAGAGGAGGAAGAACAUGAUGAAGAUGAGACCAGUGACGAUGUGUUGACUGACACCUCAGAGGUCAGUGAAUCCGCUCUGCUUUCCACUGAGGAGGAGGAGGAUAAAGAUGAGGAUGAUGAUGAUGAUGAAGAUGAUAAAUUAGCAGAGGGAUUCCCAUCGUCAGAGAGCGAAGACGUCAUCGCCGUGGACAGCGAUGAAGACCUGGAACUUGACCUUCCUCCUCUUCCUGCUGCCAGUGAGGAUGAAGAGGAGGCCGCUGAGGAGAAGGAUGAAGAACAUCUUGAAGAAGUUGCUGAAGAGACUAAAGAGGAAGAUGAGGAUGAUGAAGCUGAUCUGGACCAAUCAGACGAGGAUGUUUCUGUUGCCUCCUCUGAGCACUUCGCUGAUGAUGAAGAUGAGGAUGAUGAUAGUGACCUCAAGGAAGAAGACCUUGACUUAGACAUCCAUGUGGACCUUGAUGAUGAGGAGCUUGGAAAAGAUGAAGAUAUUCCCAAAGAGGACAUCCAUGAUGAUGACGAAGAUGAGGAUAAAGAGGAAGCGGAGGAGGCGGAAAUACCUCCUUUAGAGAGCACAGACAGUGGAGUCUUGGGCGAUGAAGAUGAAGAUGAGGACAUUGAUCUUAAAACAGAGGAUGAAGAAUCUGUCGGCGAAACCGUCCUCAGUGACGACCUUUCCUAUGAGACACUAGAUGAUGAUGAUGAUGAUGAUGAUGAUGAAGAUGAUGAAAAAGAUGAUGAAGAUAUCGACACCAGUUCGUUUGAGUUUACCUUUGACUUUGAAGAGGAGAAAGAAAUCACAGAGACUUUGGUUGAUGUUGAAAAAGAUGAAGGUGACCUCUUGGGAGAGCCUUUAGCUGAUGAGGAUGAGGAUGAUGAGGAUGACGACGACGAUGAUGACGAUGAUGAUGAGGAUGAAGAUGUUGAUGACCUCUCACUAGCAGGUACAGUUGAACAGUCCUCCUCACUUAAGGUUCCAGAAUGUAGCUGAACAAUACUGGUUUCUGAUUGGCUGCCUGGUGUCCAUUCAAAACACUGUUGAUAAAUAUCAGAGUGUUGUAAACAAAUGCUGUGUUCCAGUUACCUCGGAAUUUGGAUGUCCGCGCUUGGAAUGACGUUAUACCCAGGUUGACAGUGCUCAAGUUAACAAGUCAGAAACCAAGAUGGACGUCUACAGUUAGCCGUUGUUAGCUGUUGUUUACAAUUGUCAGCUGUUGUUAGCCGUUGUCAAUCAUUGUUAGUAGUUGUUAGCUAUACCAGUUGUAAAUAAUGCACAACACAGUAUUUUACUCUGUGUUCACAGUUAGACGUUGUGCAGUACAAUAAACACCACUUGUUUAAUUUCACAAAAACAAAACAGAAGUGCUAAUGAAUAAAAAAUUAUGAGAGCUUUCACUGUUAUGGGCAAAACCCACAAGGAUCCGGAACGGCUCCGCUCUGCUCCUGCACGGCGGGUGGAUCAAAUACGCAAGCAUUAUAAGCAAUGUGUGUGAUUCCACAGAAACCCUCUGGUGUCUGGCUCUGCUGCGGAUCGGCUCUGGCGAUCUUCUAUUUUUGCCGAAUGCCGGAGCAUGGUGCAUCAAUUCAGUGCAGCGCAGCACCAGCACAAGUUUUUAUGUGGCUACAGAGUAAAAUAAUCGGUUGCUUUUCAAAAUAAAAGAAAGUCGGUACAAUGAAGUGUUCUUAACUUGAUAACAGGAGAGGCCAUGGUUGUGGGAUGUGGGUGUUUAUAUACAUCGCCGUUUAUAUGCACUGAUCAGCGGAUCUCAUCCGCCUGCUGGUCUGGAGCGGAGUGGAGCCAUUCUGGAUCCAGUGGGGUUCCCAGGUUACUCUUCAUUGUUGAUGCACUGCGCUGCCAUCUUGGAUUAUGACAUUGUCAUAAAGUCGGGGUUGGUGAGGAUUGUCCAACUUUCUGAGUCGGACAAUUCCCAUCAGGGGGGCAUUCCAGAAGAAUUUCUGACUCGGAGCUUGGAAAUUCCGACUUACGAAUACAAUUGGAAGGCAGCAAAAGGCUCCAAAUUCAUCUUCAUCAUUUUAACACUCAGAUGAGAAGUUAUCUCUAUGAACCCAAUGUCAACCAGAAGCCUUAAAUUUUAAAGGUCUUAAUUUAAACAACAGUGAAAACUAAGAUCUCUUCUCCACCUAUCACAGGAUGGCCUAUUAGGUGCACUACGUCACAAUUUUUUGUACAGAGCUGCAUUCAUUUAUUGUUGCUAGGCAACUAAAUUACUCUGCAGAAAGAAAUCAAAAAUCUGAUUACUAAAAAUAGAAAAGAGAAAGUUGGAAGUUGAACUUUAUGCAAACUGUUAACUGUGCUGUAGCUUAUAACAUUUACAGAACAUUAUGUUAUUAUCUAUCUAUACUCAAAUCAAAAUAACAUUCUUUUUAGAAAUCAUGGACAGAUCAUGUAGAGGGCCUGUCAUCAGAAUAUAGUUUAUAGUAUUAAGAUGGCAUCAAAUUGAAAAGUUUGUAGUAUAUUCUUUAUAAAACUAUUUUUCAGUUUCAGCAUUUGAUCUUCAGUAUUUCCAUUAUUGUUAAAUCAUUUAGGAUUUUUAAUCAUUUGCAAAUCAUCAAAACAUAUAUAUUUUUUACAGAUUUUUUUUUUUAUUUGGGUUGUGCAUGUUAAUAUUUUCCCAUCUUUUUAUUCAGCAUAAAGGGAACAAACUUUGAUUUUAUUUCCACUGAUAUGUCCUCACCUCUCACUGUGCGUGUGUGUGUGUGUGUGUGUGUGUGUGUGUGUGUGUGUGUGUGUGUGUGUGUGUGUGUGUGUGUGUGUGUGUGUGUGUGCGUAUGUGUGUGUCAGCCUCUGCUGCAGCAAUAUUGACUCUCCAGGAGGAGGCAGUAGAGACUGAAGCUUACACAACAGAGGAGGAGGAGGGUGAUGUCACCCAGGCAGCUGAUGAAGACCAGGCUGAGGAGGAUGACACAGAAACAAUCGGUAUCAGACAACUGCUGUAUAAACACAAUAUAAUAAACCAGGUGGAGGAUACAGUGUGAUACAUAUUUACUGAGGCCAUUAGACCUGUCAUUAAUACUGUUGUGGUUUGUGCAGCUGUUUUGUAAAGUAAAAAUGUCUCAUGAUAGAGCUAUUUUCUUUCACCUUUAGUCAGCCAGUCUGCAGCUCCAGAGGACAAGGAUGAAGGAGAGGACGAAGAGCUGACAGCUGACGUCAAGAAAACUGUAGACGAACCAGAGGAUAAGAAAGAGGAGUACGAUGAAGAUGAGGAUGAGGAGGAGAAGGCCUCUGUGGAUGUGGCUGAACCUGAAGAGGAGGCACCGAAGUCUGAGCCCACAGGUCAGACAGAGAGUUUCAUAACAGAGGUUUGAUCACUUUUACCUUCAGAGUGACUUCACCUGUACGCUCUGUGGUUUCAGUGUGCCCCUGUAUGCACUCUGCAAAGACACAAGAGGCAGAGACCAAGACUGAGGAGAAGAAAGGUUUGUCCUAGACUGUAAUAAAAAAGUAAAAAAGUAGGUAUGUUACCUAAAAAAAAGUUGAAAUUUUAAGGAAAAGGUGAGAAUUGGGUAAAAAAAAGUUUAAGCAUGUGUAAGAGGCCAUACUUUUGAGAAAAAGUCCAAAUUUUGAGUAAACAGUCAGACUUAUGAGAAAACCGAAAUAACUGCCAAGAGUCAAUAUUCUUAGAAAAAAAAGAGUUUUGAAGAAAAAAUAGAAAAGGUCAAAAUCAUGCUUCAAGAGUCAUCAAUUAAGUCAGAACUCAAGUCUAAGAAUUGUUUGUGGGGAUUUUUAGUUUUACCCAUAUCCCAUCUGUUUACAUGGAGGAGGCGGGCUUUAAUAAGAUAUAAAGCAGCCAACCAGCAGAUGGCUUCACUGUGGAUGAGCCGUCUCACCAUCCAUUUUUAAGAGCAUGUGGGUAGAAGAAAUCCAAAGAUCUGUUGUUGAUGUAAUGUGAGAAGUGCUAAGAGGGAAAUACAGCUGCUUUUCUGCACAAUAUUGCAGAAAGAAUAAAUGAUUAAUGACAGAAUUAGGAAUGAAUUUAGAAAUGUGAGGAGGAAUGUUUCUUUUCAGUGAGUUGUGAUAGAAAAUAAACUCAAUUUGCUUUAAUUAGCACAGAUUUAUAUUCUAUUUUCAUUGAGUCGGUGCCAUAACACACAGUAAAAUCUCAGUGUGUCAUCCUCUGGUGUAAUGCAUAUCUGUAUUUUCAGAAGGUCCAAGGAGAGUUUCAGCUGUCAGAAGGAAAAAAGGUAUUUGAAACUUUUUGAAUUGCUUAGUUUGAAUCUAACCAAAGUUAUUUAAUUAUAAUGAUCUGAUGAAUUAGUGGAUGCUGGUUUGACAGAAAACAUACUCUUUGGAGAAAGAUUUGGGCUCUUACUGUGGAAAAUGUUGUUUUCUGGUUUCCAGACCCUGAGGCUGUGACAACAGAACCAAAGAGACAAGGUAACUCUAAACCGUAUCGUUACAUUUUUGUCAUGCUUUUAUUUUGAAAACUCAUUGUAAGGGUCAGUUCUUGUUCUCAUUUGAGUAUCAUGUUUGUGUUGCAGCUUUACCCAGAAUUCCCGGUCUGGGGGCGAGUGUCAGGAGGAUUAAGAGGGCGCCAAUUCUGCUCAGAGGUACUCAGACCUGUUACUGAUGAUCUUUCUUUGAACAUGGAGGCUCUAACUUUGUCAACAAGAAUGAUUCAACAGUUGCUUAAGAUGCUUAUUCACUGAUAUGUCCAUUAAGGCCUUUAAACCUCUAAUCUCCAAACGUAAUGUGGUAUUCUCUUAAAAUUAAAAAAUUCGUAGCUGAAAUUAAUGAGAUAUUUUCUCUUUUGAUUUCAACAAAAAGCCAGAAAAGCAGAGAAGACCAAGACUGCAAAAACAGGUUUGUACAUGAAUCAGAUAAUAAUGAAUCACAUUCACAUUUAAUCUGAUUUAAGAGCCAGCAAAGAGUUUUUAAUUUUAUUUUCUUACAGAGACAGAGACCAAAAAACAAGAAGAGGCCCCUGAAUCAGGACAAGAGGAUUCAGGUAGAAGACUUCUAUUAUUUUUAUUAUGAUCUUAUAUUAAAGCUCCUGUUACAAUUUUUAUGUUUGUGUUGAAUUUAGCGCCCCCUGUGGACAAAGAAAACCUCUUUGAUCUUUGCUGAUUUUGUCCUGGAAAUGUGAAGAUUAUGUUCAUCUACUGUAAAAACUCCUACAUUAGGAGUUAUUUUGACAUGUUUUUCUUUGUUUGCUUCAGUUGGGCCUUGCAGACCUGCACCCGUCUACUGCCCAUCUCCACCUGGCUGGUAUGGUAAGUGGCCAGUAAAGUUUGCAGAAAAGUUUUCAGAGGAUGGAUAUAAAUAACUUUUAUAGCUCUGCUGAUCUUUCAUCCUUGCUUCUAAAUGCCAGGCUGCAAAAUGUCAAGUAAACCCUUUUUUUUUUCCAGUUCAUCAUGUGGUUACAGACAACCCGUACCCCCCACCCACCAUGCAAGGUAUCCACACUGUUGUCACAUGGGCUAGAAGUCUGAUAAUACCAGGAAGAAGUCUAUAGAUUGGACAAGUUUCAUAAGUUUGUAUUUCUCUCCCCGAAAAGCUCCCUCUGCCCCCGUCUUGACCGCUCACCCUGCACAGCCUGUAUAUCAGCAACAACCACCUCCACCCAUGCACCCGUUCUAUGCCCCAUACCAAUAUCCACUGCCAAUGAUGCAGCCCCAGCCUCAGCCUGAACCAGUGCCACCGGUGCAGCCAGAAGUCACAGAAGGGGAGGUUCCAGCUCAACCUGAGACCCAGACUCCAGCUGCUGAAGCCCCGGCUAAGGGUAAGAGGUGUUGGGAGAUAGUUAUAGUUGCAGAUUUAAACAUUUUCAGUCAACAUGACAGGACUGAAAGGGAGCUUUUUUGGGAAAUAUGGUUUUCCCCCAAAAUCUCUAACCUGCCUUUGUAGCUCAAUACCAGCAAUAUAGUUUGACUUUAACAGCUGAUAUCUGCUUUGCACAGAGAAGAGAUGCUCAGAAGUCACUUAAAAAUAUGAUGAAAUGCUUUAGAAUUUUUCUUUUGAUCUUUAAAAUAUGAUACUAGACUGUGAGAAGCUUAGACUAAAUGAUUUAUGUUUUGAAAGAAAGAAACAAAGCAAUUGUGCCAUUGUCGUUAUACCCCAGCAACAUAAAUUUCCCAGUCAAGUGAAAUCAAGUUUUUCAUUGGUUCACAGGACUUGGUGACUUGGAGUUUAUUUCCUAGUCUUCAUAUUUCUCUAUAAUGCUCUUACAGUACAGGGCUGAUCUGCCAGAAGAUGAGAACCUAGACAUCAAGCUCUUUAUCAUGUAGAUGCACAGUUUAACAAACUCACGAGCAAUCAAGAAGUAUUUUUUUUUAUUACAGUUCUCAAUGCCACUGACGAUCAUGCCCACAGAUUUGGACAAAGACUGAGGAAUAACUCUUUCUUUCCUGUCCAAUAAUGAUGGCAUGUCUUUAGUUCUUAAUAAUAAUAAUAAUAAUAAUAAUAAUGAUAAUAAUAAUAAUAAUAAUAAUAAUAAUAAUAAUAAUAAUAAUAACUGUUAUUAACUGCUGUGCUGCCUAUGUAAAAGUACAUGUUUGUAGAAAAUCCCUGACAGAGAGUUUAAGUGGAUACAUCAUCAGCUGACCCAUGAAUGUUUUGUGUGAUUUUAGAGGCACACUGAAAGUUAAGCAGUAAAGUAGAAAGGCUGUGUACAUAGUAGCACACCUGUCUGCAGGUAGGACUGUCUCUAAAAGAGAAUAAGAGCAGAUAUGCUGACAGAUGUGAUUUAGUUUUCCCAAAGACACAUCUCUUCAUAGCCAAGGGAUUUAAUGCAACCUCUUUGUGCACUGCUCCCCACUUAGUGUCCAGAUUGUGUGCGGUUUAUCUGGCAACAAAUGCUUAGACACGUCCUUAUUCAGUUUUUGACUGCUGUAAUAGAUCUCAUAGUUCUUCACAAUAUAUCAAACAGUAAUGACUCACAAAAGGGAUCACCUUUGGAGGAUUUAGAUUUCGCUUAGUUUCGGUUUGUAGUUUUGGGGGUGUGGCAAUGAAACUAAGUCAGAUAUGAAUGUAUUAAGGAGGGCAAGAUAUGGAGCUCAUGAAAAGUCUUUCAAAAUGUGAAAAGUUUUUCCCUUUUUAUGAACCAGAAGCUGUUGAGGAAAAAGUGAUGGCCACUCCUGCCAAGAAAGGUACAAACUACUGAACUGAAAGGGUUUCGUUCAUAUUUUGCUCCUUUUUUCUCUUAAAUCACGCAGUACAUUAAUUUAUUUCUAUUUUUUUUAGCUGAAAAGAAGAAAACCAAAGCAGCUGACUCAGACAAAGGUAAUGAAUAUUUCUCCAAAUCUGCUUUAUUUGUCAGUAAACUAAAUUAUUUCCCAUAACAAACAACAGCUGCAUCAUUUAAUAGUGUUGUGGUACAAUGACACAAUGUGCUGAAUGAAUGCAUUCAUUAUGUAAAAUUAACUCCACUCGGCCGUUUCCCUCCAAUUAUCUCCUCAGAGCCGACAGCAGCUAAAGAGAAAACAAAGAAAGGUAAUUUAUGUUUGCAGCGCUGUAAUCUCUGGUUUUCAAUAGAGUACACUGGAGUGUUGUUACAUAAGGUACACAGCACACAAAGAAAGCAGCUCUAAUGGUUCCACUUGCCAUCAAUUGCUGUUAUUGGUCAUUUUUUAAACAGUAAUUUGCUGUUUUGAUCGUGUGGACACUGUUAAUGAGGUAUCCUUUGAGUCUUACUGUGGAACUGAUUUUUUUAAGGCGCAUUCAGCCCCCUUGUCUGAGCAGAGUUCAGGGAUGUGCCCUAUGUAAGCUCCACUUGAAUAUGAUAACAAAAAGUGCAAAUCACAGGUGGGAAAAUAUGUAUGAAAAGGAUUUUGAAAGUUUUUAUUUAAUGAAAUUUAACUUCUAGAGUCGUUCUUACAAGAUUUCCUUUAUUUCUGCAUCAAAAAGAGAUGUCUGGAUGUGAUGUUUUGGGGAAUCUUGCUGGUUUAGCCAACGGUCAACAUUAGUAAACAGGAGUCAAGAUGCCAGUCCUGCCAGUAAAGAAGAAGAAAAUAAUUGUUCACCCACAUAAGGGAACCAAAAGCACAAACACAUGAGCCUGUUGGAAGUCAAAAAGAGAGGAAACAAGUAGGGUGUGGAGGAUUAAUGGCCUUCGGAGAUGUAUAUGUUGAGGAGCACUGAGACCCCAGUUGUGCCUGACUGGUGUUAGCUCACCUUAUGUCUCUGGGUCUGUCUGUGUAAUUGUCUCUGUCAUGCUUUUUUUGUUGCUCAGCAAAGAGUGCAGUCUGUCCUGCAUUUCUGUGUCCUGUUCACUGUUUUAUUGAAUGCAUGGUCUACAGUAUGUCUCCACAUGCUUUAACAUCACGAUCAGUGGAUAAAACCUGCCAGCCGGCCUGUGUGUGUUUUUCAUUUGUGGAUUAUUUUGCACCGUAACCAGAGACUCCAGUCUGAAGUUUUUACCUGAUAAAUGGUAAAACUGUAGAGGAACUAUCAUGCUUAUGAACAAAGUUUUUUUAUGUUGUCAUCACAUUAAUCCAAUAUUAUAGAUUAUCUGAUUUAGUAUGUUUUAUUUUCUCUAGAAGCUGAUGCAACAAAAGAAAAAGCAAAGGCUGGAACUACAAAGAAAGGUGAAAACCCACCAGAACCAACUGUUUUUUUGUUUGUUUUAAGCUCAAAGAGAUAUUCUGGUGUAAAAUUAAGUUAGGGUCAAACACACCGUAACACUGAGUUAGACACCCCAUUUAGAGGUGAAUGUUGCUGACCACUUACUUCUCUAGUUAGUAACGAUCGCAGAUAGCAAUACAGAGAGCCAUGCGCUCAACCAAAAAGCCACUUUAUAGCCACAAAUAAUGCUCAGAACAGCACCUAACUUCAUCAACAGUACAUAUAGGGUCCCAGCCAUAGCACUAGCCACCAAACAUCUUUUUAACUUUGCCUAAUUUUUUUUUUAGCAAAGAGACUAAACACAACUUACCCACUCUCUUCCAGCAGCUGCUUGUUUGUACGGAGACCUCCGGGCGAGUCCAUCGACUGCAGCGGGGUGACGCAGCUCAAGGAAGAACAUUUAUGAUCAUUUCUUUAUCAUUUAUUUUCCUUAAAGUAAUAAUCAUCAUAUUAAUCAUUUUGCACUGCAGACGCGGUAGUUCUUCUGCCUUAGCGUCUCGGGCUGAUUGCAUUUCCAUGAAGUAAUAAUCAUAAAUGUUCUUCCUUGAGCUGCAUCACCCAUAUCCCUUAAACCAGUUUUUAAUUCUGAAAUUCAAAUGAAUAAACCCUUUAUUUUAUAUUUUCUUAUUCUGUUGCAGAACCAACAGCAAAAAAAGACAAAUCCAAAAGUCCUGCGGCAGCUCAGAAAGGUGAUGAACAUUUAGCAGAGAAGCUCCUGGUGUAGUUACAAAAAAAAAAAAAAUCUAAUAUUGUUAGAAGAAAAAAAAACAGCAUAAAGAUAAGUUUUCUGAGCUGAAAACAGUUUUAAUUCUGUUUUUCCAGAGCCAGCUGUUAAAGAAAAAACAAAAACUGCUGCAGCUGCCAAGAAAGGUAAGAAAGACAUCAAUCAGAGAGCAUCACAGAAACCCUAAGAAAUCAAAAAAUGAUUAAAAACAUACACAGACCCUGCCCCCCAUGUGAAGGAGCUGCUUUACUCCCACUAAGAAAACAAAUGAUUCAGGCCACUGAUCAGGUCUCUCUCCUCAUUAUAUCAGAGCCUGCAGCUGCUCGACAGAGGAAGAAAUCAGCCUCUGAAAAGACAGGUACCUGCACACGCUGACGCUCCAUCAUUUGCAUUAAGUCAAUCAUUUGAAUCAGGGACAUGAGACAUGAUUGGAAACUAAUUGGUUUUACGUCCCUUAGAAGCAGCACCUGUCAAGAGUAAAGCCAAGGCGUCUGCAGCCAAGAAAGGUAAAACUGAACAUGGAUGGAGCUGCUGGUGGGAAUACUGUACCGUCAUUGGUCCUUCAUUUUGGGUGUUUCCUUGCUUGCCUUAGUCAUUACAUUUUUAGCAGGUAGUAAAUUCAUUGUGUAGUUUGUCGUGGACCAUGUACAGCAAACAUUAAUCUCAAGUAUUAAGAGAUGUGAUUUGUAACUCAGUGACUACUUUAUCAUUAUCAUAUCAUCUGCAUACAACUGGAUUUCUACCUUGUAAAUACAGAUGGGGAAUCAUAGAUGUAUAAAAUGAACAAGAUUGGUCCUAGGAUGGAGCCUUGUGGUACUCCCACAGUGGCUCUUGUUGCUAUUAUAUCAUUAUUGAUCCACACACACUAGGAGCGACCUGAUGAAUAUGAUUGAAUCCAGCCCAGGGUUUUUAUAAACAGUUUGCAGGGAUGACUUUGAGAAUUCAUAUGUAUGUGUCUUGAACAGAGGCCGACGCAGAACCUCGUUCACAUCUGAUCCGACUCAGAUCGAGAAUAGAGGCUGAGAGGAGGGCGAAUGUGACCUCUCAGGCGAGGGAGGACAAACCUGCAAAAUCAGCUUCUGAAGCUGGUAAAAUAUCUGAGUCUUACUGUUUGUCGUCUCUGUAGUGUGUCUUUGCUGUGUCCUCCAGUUUUAAUUUUAACUUUCUCAUUUAUUUCAGCCAAAACAAGAUCAAAAUCACCUGCAGAAAAGAAAAGUGAGUUUAUAUGUGAAUGAAUGUCAAUGAAUGUAAGAAUGCAUGCAUGGGUUUACUACAAAAACUGGACUCUUAGCAUCACCCUCUGACCAAUUUUAUUUCUGAAUUUGAAACUAAUCAACUAAAAUCCUUAUAGAAUUUUAAAAUUAGCUCUAGAAAAAGCUUUUAUUUGUUCUUAAGACAUGGUUUAGUUGUGAAAUGUUUUUGGAAACGACUAGAAAGUUGGACUGCUUGAUUUCUGCCCAUUGGAUUUCUGUCCAAGAAAGCUAAAAGCUGAAGCAAAUAUGGGGAAAAUUUGAAUAUAAGAGAGAGACAGGACUUUGGCAUCAUUGCCUUGUUAUGAUACCUCAAAGUUUUUGACCUUUUUGUUUUCCAACAGUUUUUUUAAGCUUAGAUUCUGCAUAAGUUGAUGUGGAUUUCUGCAUUUCUACAGCAGUGUGUGUGUGUUUUUCUUUCUAUUUUUUUAUUUUAUUAUUAUUGGAUGGGCAUGAAGACUGUUUUGAUUUCAUUAGUAUUCGUAUCAUCUGUGUGGAGCUCCACCACAAGAAAUUAUAAUCAAUUAUCUGCUCAUGUUUGCUCAGCAGCAUGUGAAGCAGUUUUAUAAGCUCUUAUGGCUCUGGAGGAAAGAAACCAAACACACUUUGCUAAAAUUAAUUCUCUGCUGACAUCUUUCAGGACAAAUCACACGUGUUGGAAACAUAGUCGCAGAUUAGGAGAUUAAAUGAACUGUUUAAUGCCUGAUGAACGUUGUAAUUAGGGACAUGUCAAGCUUUAUUACGCUGAGUGGAGGAUAAUUUUGCAGGAAUAUUAAAUGCACGGUGCCGUUAUGGAGAGUUAUUUGGCAGGCUGUAAUGGGGCUGUCUCUCUUCUGCAGCCAAAGCUGAGAAGACUGAAAAGAAGUCCGUCAAAGACGCUAAAGGUCUGAACGGACUCAGAAUAAGAAAGUGGAUCCAACAUAUGUGUGUGUGGACACUUGACACUGAUCACUUUUUCUCUCCUUUUCCUUUUUAAUGUUUCAGAAAAAGAGAAACAACCAGCACAAACGAGUAAGUAAAAGAACCUCAGGGUUAUUUCACUCCAGAGAGACAUCAAGACAUUUAACACGGCAACUUCACUGAGAAUGAAAUAAGACUAAGAUAGGAUGUUUUGUUGCUAUAUUAUUCAAAGACAUUUUAUUGAUGGGGAGAAAAAGAGAGUAAUAAGAUUAAAUAAUAAAUCAAAAUUAAAGAGAAGUUAGUUCAAAAAAUUAAAUAGAUCAAUUCAUUCUUAUCAGUAACGGUUUCUUCAACCUCUCUCUCGUGAAUGAAAUUGUUUUUUGGUAAAUACUCUUGAUUCUUUUUGUAGUUUAUUCUUAUUUCUUUAUGACUGAAUUAUUUCAACUUCACAGCUUUUUUAAAGGGAUUUUGAAUCAAUUCAUGAGUUUAUUCCAAUAAAUGUUCUUAAGUACAACCAUUAUUUCCCCAGUUUUUGGGGGAAAAUUUGUGUCCUCAUUUUCAUAGUUUUUGACUCUAAAUGAUCAAUUUACAAAUUUAUGACUAUCAUCUCAUUGAUCUUAGAAUUUCUUUUCACAAUUUUUUUAGAUUAAUUUUACAAUUUUAUAACCUCAGUCUUGUAAAUUAACUUUUUUAAAUGACUUUAUUGUCUUAAUUUAUCAGUUUAGUUGUGUAAAUUUACAACUUUAAUUUCAUUAUUUUUCUAGCUUUUUUCUUAAAACUCUCCUACUUCAAUCCAAUUUAUUUUUAUGAGUUUAAUCUCAUAAAUUUAUGACCCUGGUCUCAUGAAUAUCUGACCUUUUUCAUAUAAAUUUUUAACUACAAUCUCAUUAAGUUCUGGGCUUUAUCUUGUAAAUUUACCUUCCAGUCUCAUAAAUAUCCAACUUCUUUGAUUAAAUUUCUGACUUGAAACUUAAUUCAUGAGUUUAUCUUUAUAGAUAUGUUGCCUUGUUCCUCCUAAUAUUAACCUUUUUACUCAUUUAGCUCACUGAUAUAAAACUUUGACUUUCUUUCCUUUAAAAUCCUGUUUUAAUUGAUCCUAACUGUGACCCUAACCCUCCAUCGGAGUGAAGCGAGCAUGGCAUUGGACUCUAAUGAGACUGAACAGCAUCAGUGCUCUUUGUUAAAACUCACAUUGAACCGAACACUUCCAUUGACUGUAUUAUUAAACAGGACUUCUGCAGGGAUACACAUCGAUGAUGACAUGUCUGCUCUUAGAAAGCUCUUUUUUCUGGGUGACUUGCAGUUGACACUCCUCCACAUGUAAACGACAUGAUAAAGUGAUGUUUUAUAACAUAUGUUUGUUCAUAGAGAAAGGGAAUAGAGCCUCCAGUAAAGCUUAAGGUAUUCAGUCUAUUUCCCACCAUCUCUCCACUGGUUAACUCAUCAUGAAUAGACGUCUGCUUUAAUGACAUUAAGAAUAUUAGAGACUUUAAUGAGCUGACCUGAUUGAGAUGAGAUUACUGUCCUUUUGAACCGCCCUGAGUCAUACCAGGAGAUUACAGCUUGUGAUGAAUUCAGCAACAAUAAUACUGAGCCGGGUUGAUUAAAUCCGUGAACCAAAACCUAUUAAAUUAGGGUAUUAGAGGUCUGCUCUUAAUGAGUCAUCCAGCGGAGAAGAAACACCCCCCACCCACAGCACAGAGUGACUCCACACUUUCUUCAGAGACACAUUAGGUCCUGCUUUAAGAGUUUGUUUUCUCUCAAACUAGUCUUAUGUAUGAAGACUUCACUAUUUCACAGACACAACCAAACACAGACUGAGAACUGUAUGGAGCCAAUACACCACCCCAUUACUUUAUUGCAUUGGCUGUAUACUGAGAUGGAUACCGUUUCUCUAAGUCCCGUGAAGCCAAAACCUCUGGGCUAUAUUGUUGGGAUCUUCUGGUGGUCUAAAUGACUCAUAAUAGAUAGUCAUCUGCCGCUACUGUGCAGAGAAAAACAGAGAGAUGAACAGAGGAGAAACGGAUGGAGCUGGAAAGCAGUCAGGUUCAUGUCAGCUGGAUGUCUGCAGUGGGGAUCCAGAGGAAGCUACAGCAUGAUGGAGCUCAAGGACUCCCAGAAAAGACAGUGUACUAGUGACUCUGAUGGGACAUGAUGAUUCAGAGUUAAUGACAUGGACAAAAGGGGAUAAAGAAUGAGAAAGAGGUGCUCAAUGUGCCAGUACCCUCAGCAGUUUAAACCUACAGCAGCAUAACUAAGACCUGGUCCAGACUUGUACCAGCUCUAACUAUCAGCUUUAUCAAAGAGGAAAGUUUUAGGUCUACUCCAUAGACUGUAUAUACUAUUGACAACUUGGCUCCGCCUUCCACCCGUAGACGGAUUUGAAGCCAAAUAGCUCUCGGUGAUUCCGUGAUUUGCGCAGUAACAUUGUACGCAUUCGGUGGGAGAGUCGCCAAGAGUUGCUUUGAUGACACUCGACUCAAACAGCAUUCCCCCCGGUUGAGCUGCGCAAUCUUCAUACCCCCAUAGGCUGUAUCAAGUGUCAAUCAUAGAAAACACCAACCCCCUGAAAACUUUUAAAAAUGGAGCUCAACAGAAAAAUAAGGGGAUUUGAGCAAAAACCAGUCUUACAAUAACUACAUGUCAACAUCACAAGCAGGGGGGAGAAAAUUUAUAUUCUGUGUAAUGAAUUUCAAAAGUUUGUCCACAGCUCAAUAAGCUUUGCUGGUGGAGGCGGGGUUUAUGACCUAUACUGCAGCCCAUCAACAGAGGGUGCUGUUCUUGGGGUGGCUUCACGCAGCGAGGAGGCAGACUCUGUCCAUUCUUUAUACAGUCUAUGAUCUACUCUUAAAGGUAGAGACAAGUAGAUUAUUUAAGAGGAAAGGGAACCUGAUAACUGAAAGCUCUACCACCCAGACCACCUUUAGAGGGUUGCGGUACGAUGAGCAGGCCUGCAUAUUAGGACCACAAUGUUCUGGAGGGUUAUAGAGAAACUAAUCAUAGCAUGUUGUUUUUAAUGAGACCUUCCUAUUGUUUUCCUUCACUCACUUGCAUGUACACACUUUUUCCAUCUCUCUUAAUGAGACACACUCUCACCAACUAAAAACUCUAUCACCCCUCUAUGUAAUGUUUUUUGCAGAAGAGCCCCUGACUGAAGAUAACACCACAGAAAAGAAGAAACCAGGUAAGAGAGGCAAAGACGCUCAAGCUUCAACACAGUUUGUGGAUCUCAUCUCAUAUAACUAUCUCAUACCAAAAUCAGCUCCCACAUGCAGAUUUUUUUAAUCUAAAAUCUAUAAAUACAGUUUAUCACAUCUCCUCUCAGCAGUUUCCCCAUCGUCUGUAAUCUUUCAUCCCUGUCUCCACAGGCCAGAGAUACUUUCAGUGCAUUUACGUCCCAGGUAAAAAUGCACAAUACCCGUUACGACCUUUCACCCCUGCCAUGAUGUCGACCCCCAUGAUGUCCCCUGCGAUCAGAGCCAUGAUGGAGCAGCAGAGAGCAGCGCGGGCGGCGGGACAAUAA